AUGAGGAGAUUACCUCAUGACAUAAGACACGAAAUGGAGGCGAGUACUAACGUUGCUAAUUUAUCAACGCUAUUUACGUACAGAUUAUUCGCGGUGCAGGACAUCACGUCUAUGCUGAUUCUCCAACUUCUUUCAAUGAAGGUAGCAUCCUGUCAUGAAUUGUGUAUACACUCUAGCCCGUUUGCGGCGGCUGCGCAAAUCGCCUAUUACUUCAAAACCAUGGUCAACUCUCAUCCCAUCUAUGGUGCUGACACGGAGGGAUCAUUCUAUGAUGAGAACGUACCAGAAUUCAUAAUGAAGAGGCUUGGGACCAUUUUGGAUGAAACCAAAGAGCUCAACGGAGGAAAAGAGAUUAGGGGAGUUACCACUGUCUAUCUUUACUUCGGUAUGUAUGGAGCAUCUUUUGCAUGA